CUUCAAAAUAUGCAAAUAACAGUGGAAAAUCUUAACGUUUGCUUUGGUUGUAAAAUAUAAUAUAUUGCUUCCCACAAUGAUAUUGUUGUCAUAAAUAUGCCAUAACGACGGAGAAGUAGGUAUCGGUAUUGGAGCCGAGCAUAUCGUUCUCUGUUAACGAUAUCGAUAGCGGAACAAAGGGCAGUGUGAUAAUAGGUUGCACUUGAGAGAUACGUAACGUGGCGUCUAGUGUUGAACUUGGGAGAUCUUCGCUUGGGUCGAACUGUACUUCGAGAUUUGCCUUUUGGACCAAGACAGCAGCUUGUCCGGACACUGUACGUGAAGCCCUACACUGAGACACACGACACUUCAAACAGGUGAGACACUGUAAGUAGAUGUGGUAACAUCAUCAUGGAUAUCCAUACCACAUUACCUGACACUGUUCCACAGAGCGCUCCUAUAUCUGCCGACCAGGUGAGAAACAACGCAGGGGGAUUCGGGUGGAAGGUGGACGACAUCACCCGCCUCAAGCGCUUCCUGUGCCUGGGUUCAGAAGGAGGCACGUACUACAUCUCACAGAAGGCGUUGACACAAUACUAUGUGGGGUGUAUUGUGAAUCUCAUCAGUGAGGGAAAGGGAGUGGAUGUGGUCAAAACCAUCAAACAGUUUAGUCUGGAGGGACGCACAGCCAAACAGACAUCCAUCCUACGUGCUCUUGCUGUCUGCUGUAGAAGCACUGAUUUAACCACCAAACAGGAAGCCUACAAAGCUCUGGGUGACAUCUGCCGAAUUCCGACAUUCCUGUUCGAGUUUAUUGAACGGUGUGAGAGUCAGGGGAAGACCACAGGAUGGGGACGGGCGCACAGAAACGCCAUUUCGGCCUGGUACAACAAGUUCAGUGACGACCCUGUCAAGCUAGCCAUGCAAGUCACGAAAUAUCGACAGAGGAAGGACUGGUCGCACCGGGAUGUCUUGCGACUAUCACACACCAAACCCGCCAACGAGGCCAUCGGUGUCGUCCUGAGGUAUGCCGUCAAAGGACUGGCGGAUGCCAAACAAAUGUACGACAAACCGGAACUGGAAUCUUCAGCUGUAAGGAAGGUCCUGCAGUUUCUGGCUGUUGUGGAGGAGGCCAAAUCGUGUAAGGAGGAAAACAAGAUGGUGGAGCUGAUUCGGCAACAUGGACUUGUACGGGAGCACAUCCCCACAUCGCUGCUGUCGUCUACUACUAUUUGGAAAGAACUGCUUCAGAAAAUGCCAAUGACAGCCAUGAUUCGGAACCUUGGUAAGAUGACCUCAAUCGACGUUCUAACAGCCGGAUGUUCCGAGGAAGAUCUGGUGGUUCAGAAACUGACAGACCGAGACUCCCUGAAACAAGCCCGGAUCCACCCGUUCAAUGUGUUGGUGGCGCUGAAGACCUACUCAGCAGGCUGUGGAGAGAAGGGCAAACUAACUUGGACAAAAUCUGAUCGUAUCGUAAAAGCUUUGGAUGAUGCUUUCUACAUGUCCUUCAAACAUGUAUUGCCAACGAACAAGCGUUAUCUUCUAGCAGUGGAUGUGAGUGGCUCGAUGGACAGCUCAGUGAUUGGUACACCGUCAGUCUCGUGCAGGAGUGCUGCUGCCGCCAUGAUGAUGGUCACGAAGCGGACUGAAGAGCCAGACAAGUCCACUGUUGUUGCUUUCUGUGAUAAGUUAACCCCCCUUGACAUUGGACAUACAGAUGAUUUAGACACAGUGACAGGCAGAAUAAAUGACGUGAAUUUCGGAGGGACUGACUGUGCGCUGCCGAUGGUCUGGGCCAAAAAAGAAAAGAAGAUGUUUGAUGUGUUUGUGGUGUACACGGAUAGUGAGACUUGGAUCAGAAACGUUCAUCCGUCUGAAGCUCUACGCCAGUACCGGAAGUGGAGUGGAUUGUGGGAUGCUCGUCUGAUCGUCUGCGGAAUGGCCAGCAAUGAGUUCACAAUAGCAGACCCGGAUGAUCCUGGGAUGAUGGAUGUCGUGGGCUUUGAUUCAGCUGCCCCAGAGGCCAUGCGCUCGUUUGUCAUGGGCGAAAUUUAAAUUCGCAGUGAUGGUUAUCUUCAGUAAAAGAAAUUGCCAUUUUCAGCUUAAACGUGCUUUAGAGACUGGUCAUUUAUAUAAUAAUAUAAUUAAAUGACCAGUCAUUUAUCAGUUAAAUGUGCCUUACCAGAGCGGAAAUAGUCAGGCAUACUGACAAUUAAGCUAUUAUUUCUUUUAUUUGUAUCAGAGUGUGCAAGAAUGUGGAUAUUACACUCUUCAAAAAAAGAAACGUAUAGUUAAAAAAUAAGGAUAUUUAUUAAGCGGAUGUAAAAUUAUCUACACAGAAUAUGCGUGAACACAAUCAAAUGAAAUUAGACACAGUGAUCGACAAAAGCAUUGUCAUCAUUGGCAACAUUAAUUCAGUUCAGUCAUUGCACAUGUGUAGCCACAAGGGGGCGUUAUGGUCAGUACCUGGUCACACCACCUCUUGCAGCCGUCACUGCUCGACACCUCCUUGGCACAGAUUGCACAAGUCGUCGGAUUGUUUUUUGUGGGGAAUUCUUCGCCAUUCCCCCUGUAAGGCGUUGGCGAGUUGUGCCAGUGUGUGGAGACGCUGGAGACGUUGACGGACGCGUCGAUCAAGUUCGUCCCACAAAUGUUCAAUCGGGUUGGACGGCCAUGGAAAGACAUUGAUGUUCUCAUUAACAAGGAAAUUAACUGUUACACGUGCUGUGGGGGGCCGAGCGUUGUCAUGUUGGAACAGCUCCCUCUGGCGGUCCAAAGUUGUGAGGACGCAGAAUGUGGUCUAUGUAUCGGUUUGCUGUAAGAUUGCCCUGGACAACCACUAACUGUGAUCUACCCGUGUAGGAUAUGGCUCCCCACACCAUGACAUUCACUCCACCAAAUCGGUCCACCUGUCGAACGCAGUUCGGCGCAAAACGUUCAUGUCGACGUCGGUAUGCGCGUUGUGUUCCAUCCCGUCGUUGAAGAAGAAAACGUGACUCAUCGCUGAACCAAACGCGUCGCCAUUUCCUGAGAUCCCAUGCCUGAACUCUGCUGCACCACCGUACACGUUGUUGACGGUGUAGACGUCGCAAGACAGGUCCAACUAUUGGUCGUCUCGCUCGAAUUCCCACUUCCCUCAGACGAUUUCUGAUGGUUUGGUCGGAAAUUCUUCGCAUACCAGGCACUUGUUCUGCAGUGUCCGUUGCUGUAGCACAUCGAUUCCAAAGGGGAUGCAAGCGGAUGUACCGAUCAUGAGCAGGGGUGGUCACUCUUUGUCUUCCACUUCUGGGAUGAUCUUGAGUCGAAUUAGUGCGGGUAUAUCGAUCCCAUAGUCGAGAUAUGGUGCUUUGGUGAACGUUGAAGUGUCUUGCAACGGCAGACUGGGACUCCCCUGCUUCCAAACUUCCAAUGGCGAUAUUUCGGUCAGCUGCAGUUGAUCUUGGCAUUUUUCGAUCUC